CGGACUGUGUGCAGUUGCGUGUUUGAAAGUGACAAAUCCAGUGUCGCGAUCGGGUGACUACCAUUAUUUCUCAAGGACGUGCAACUGCCCAUGACCAUUUAACUUAUUGCUUCUAAGUUCUAACUGUGUGCGCGGACGGUGCCAAUGGCGGCUAUUGUUAGCAGCGUUAGCCCUGCGAGCAAAAUGUUUAGGACGUGUUUCCACGCUGCUCGUGGAGCGGCGGCACUGAAUGCGUCGAGGCUCCCUCACCACAGAGCCUUUCGACUCAAUGCCAUGCAUAGACAGCAGCCAUUUGACUCAACGCUGGAGAAGCCUCAGUUUCCUGGUGCCUCUGCGGAGUUUGUGGACCAGCUGGAGUUCAUCGAGCCCAAUGUCAUCUCAGGCAUCCCGGUGUACCGGGUGAUGGACCGCCAGGGCAACAUCAUCAACCCUUCUCAAGACCCUCAGCUCCCCAAAGACGCAGUUCUGAACUUUUAUCAAAAGAUGACCCUGCUGAACACAAUGGACCGCAUUCUUUAUGAAUCCCAGAGACAGGGGAGGAUUUCUUUCUACAUGACCAACUACGGUGAGGAAGGCACGCACAUCGGCAGCGCUGCCGCUCUUGAGCCAAAGGACAUGGUCUUCGGCCAAUACAGAGAAGCUGGUGUGCUGAUGUAUCGUGGCUUCCCCCUGGACUCCUUCAUGGCUCAAUGCUAUGCUAACACCGACGACCUGGGCAAAGGGCGUCAGAUGCCCGUCCACUACGGUUCACGGGACCUCAACUUUGUCACCAUCUCAUCACCGCUGGCCACACAGAUCCCACAAGCGGUGGGAGCAGCGUACGCCAUCAAGCGGGAGAACAUCAACCGAGCUGUGAUUUGUUACUUUGGAGAGGGAGCGGCCAGCGAGGGCGACGCCCACGCCGGCUUUAACUUCUCGGCCACAUUGGAGUGCCCGCUCAUCUUCUUUUGCCGCAACAACGGAUACGCCAUCUCCACCCCAACCAACGAGCAGUACAGGGGCGACGGCAUCGCUGCUCGCGGUCCCGGCUAUGGCAUGCUUUCCAUCCGCGUGGACGGGAACGACGUCUUCGCCGUGUACAAUGUCACCAAGGAGGCUCGGCGCAGAGCCGUCGCCGAGAACCAGCCCUUCCUCAUUGAGGCCAUGACGUAUAGGAUCGGCCACCACAGUACCAGCGACGACAGCUCAGCGUACCGCUCGGUGGACGAAGUCAACUACUGGGACAAGCAGGACCACCCUAUCUCGCGCCUACGCCACUACAUGGCGUCACGGGGCUGGUGGAGCGAGGACGAUGAGCGUGCCUGGCGCAAGCAGUCACGCAAGACCGUCAUGGAGGUCUUCGAACGGGCCGAGAAGCGCCUAAAACCCAACCCAGAGCUGCUGUUCACCGACGUCUACGAGGAGAUGACGCCCGCCCUCAACAAGCAGCGUGAGUCGCUCUUCAGGCACGUGCAACAAUACAAGGAGCACUACCCCUUGGACCUCUACGAUAAAGACUCUCACUAAAUAAUUUAUACCAGGAGUUCUCAAACUGGGGAAUCCGAAGUACAUGAGCCGUAGCUUGGGGAUCUGCAAAAAAAAUUUGAAUCAGUUUUCAUAACCUUUCAAAAAAAGUGCAUUCCUAAAUAUCAGUAGCCUAAUAGCAUAUGUUGCCUAAGUCAUUAAUAAGUUACUGUAUCAAUAAAAAGAACAUUGUGCUUGCGAAAAAUGUUUUUAUUCUUUGUGGAGCAAAUUGGCUGUUCAUUUGUUCAAUGUUUUUUCUUGUUUUCCCGAAACUGUUCAAGUUUGACUUAGGCAACCACAGACACUUUCCAAAAAAAUUGCCUAUCAUGGAAACAUUUAUUUAUUUCAUUAAUUCAAUUCAAAAAGUAAAACUUUUAUAGAUUAUAGAUUCAGGUCCCAUAAUUUACACACUUUCAAGUACCUUAAUUUCUCGUGUAUAAUGUGCACCCAUGUAUAAUACGCACCCCCAAAGUUGACCUCAAACUCCUGGAAAACCCUUCUACCCAUGUAUAAUGCAUUUUUACAAUGCACGAUUUUGCUUCUACCCAUAUGAUUAAAACGAAGUAUUAUCCGUAUUUUCUUAGUUUUUUUUCAAAGAAUGAUUCUGUAGUUAAGCACUUUAUUUGAACCCGUAAUCCUUUUUUUAAUUUACUUGCUCUUCUUUUGAAAUUCACAGCCCUACGUUUAUUUAGUAAAUUAAAAAACACACAGUUGUGCUCAUAUGUUCGAUUACCCCGGCAGAAUUUGUAAGAUGGGAACAAUUCUUGAAAGAAACGAAGGACCAGGCGAAACACAUUUAAUUUAAUGGGAUUCAAAUUAAACAGUCAAGCAUUUCAGAAAAGCAUUAUCAUUCAACAAAACAUAACCAUAAAUAAAUUAAUUAUGGUUGUUGUUCAGUCAUCAGUCAUAUUUAAAAAAAAUAUUUCACAAAUUCUGCCAGGGUAUGUACAUUUAUGAGCAGAACUGUACAUAUAUGCAGUCAUACGUACCCGUGUCAUAUUGGAAUGAAAGUGUAGGCGACACCUUUUCUAUAACCACUAGGUGGCGGUGGCAUUUUGGAAUGAAAGUGUACAGCUUUUUCAUAACCACUAGAUGGGGGCAUACAUUUAUAAAAUGUGAAUGAUUUUUCCAUUUGCCCCUAUACCUAUGUAUAACGCGCACUAUUGACUUUUGACAAUUUUGGGGUGUGGGGUGCGCAUUAUACACGAGAAAUUACGGUAUUUAUUUUCACAUAAUUUGGGAGUCCAGCUCAUAAAACCCACAAAAUCUGGAAUUCAAAAAAUUAGUAUACUGUGAAGAAAUCAGCCCAAAUUUUGCAGGCCAUAAAUGUUUUAAACUGAGUGUCACACACUAAUGCUCUACUAAACUCAAAGCACCUGCACAGGUUUCUGCAGGUAUUAUUCAAUUGCUUCAAUUUGGUUAAAUUGUCUCAGCUGGGUUCAAUAUGGGGAAGACUGUAGACUUGACAACUGGCCAGAAGACCUUCAUUAAUGAUGGGUCAGCCACAAACGUUCAUAGCUUGGGAGGCUGGCUGUUCACAGAGUGCAUAUCAAGCAGAUCAAUGGAAAGUCUAGUGGAAGGAGAAAAGGUGCCGGGAGAAGAUGCACCAACAAGAGACAUGACUGUGGGCUUCAGCGUAUUAUCAAACAGAGAACAUUCAAGAAUCUAACAGAGAUCCAGAAAGAGUGGAAUGAGUCACAGCUUCAAAAACCACCACAUUCAGACGCAUCCGGGAGAUGGGUUACAACUGUUGGGUUCCUUGGGUCAAGACACUUGUGAGCCUGAGCUAACGUAGGAAGUGUCUCAACUAGGCCAAGGAGAAGGACUGGAUUGUUGGUCAGUGGUCCAAGGUCUUCUUUUCUGAUGAAAGUAAAGUGUGUCAUUCAUUCGUGAAUCAAGCUCCAAGGGUCUGGAGGAAGACGGGUGAAGAACAGAACCCAAGCUGCUUGAGCUCCAGUGUGAAAUAUCCAGUCAUGGGUGUGAAAUAUCCAGACAUGGGACAUUAAAAGUUGGGAAAAGAACAUAUUUCAUAGAUUUAUUCAAUAAAUAAGACAUGAGUGUGAUCUAUUUGGACAUUUGAACGAUCUUACAUCAUGAAGUCAGAAACAAAUAUUGGAAAUGGAUAAACGUUGCGUCUGUAUGAAGCACCCGUAAAAUUUCCUUUUCCACAGUAACUUGAAUAACAGUCAAAAAUUAGAUUCAAUUGUAUAUAAUAAUAUAGGUUAAAAUAAAUGCAAGAUAAAAUUAGCUCAUGGAUUUAUUAAGAAUUGUCCCACAAUGAAGUCAGUUUUUCAGUAAGAGAUAUUGACAGAAACAUAUUACAUCCAUGUGAAGCACCUGCAAAAUAUCUGCUGUAAUUUUCUGUUCACUGGAUCAUUGAAUACCAAUUAAAGUUCGUUGAAAGAGACAUGGCAAUGAUGAUGCAUUUUAUAUAAAUAUAUGUAAAAGUCUGCUGCUAUUAUUAUAUUUAAAAAUAUAAAUUAAAAAAAACUAAGUACAAUGAAACCUCAACUGGCAUUCAGUAUAAAAAUUAGUUUUUUUUCUUCCCAAAACCGUCCUUAUCAAAAUUAAACAUGGGGUAUGAGAAUUAUUGCUUGAUAUGAAACAUAAAAUCAAUGAAUUAGCUAUAAAUAAAAACAAUUGUAGGUGAUGCCCCUUCUCUGUAUUCAAUCUUAAGUACAAAACAGAGAGCUGUACAUCUUUGGAACAUUAAUAAUACAUUCAGUGAAUUUCAUUUCAAUAUGAUACCUAUUAUCACGAUAGACAUACCAUAACUGUUCCUGUAGACUAUGUUACAGUGUACAAAACAAUAAGUUGAUGGUUGUUUAAUCUUAGAGGAAAGUUCACCAAUGUGUGUGAAAUGGCCCUGGUCUGCUCAAGACAGUUUUUUCGCUAAAGUCAACCAAAUGAAGACUUGUGGGAUAUAUUGGCGCUGACCAGUGACGUCAACCACACGGUUAACUUUGACGGUGGCGUUAACCAACGACGUGACUAACCAUAUUUUGAACAACGCAUAUUUAACAGUCGGUUAGCUAACGGUUGGUUAAGAAUUUAACCGGUGGUUAGGGGUUAACCAGUGGUUAAAAUAACCGAGUAUUGAACAACCAGGCCCAGAAUGUUUUCGAGGACUUCAUGAUUCCUUCUGCUGAGGAUUAACAUAUUGUUUUGAAAGUACCAUAUUUUGAUUGAUUUAAUGUGACACUAAUUUCUUUUUUCCCCACUACAAAAACAGAAGUAAAUGGUGAUUUCUUCACAGUAUUCUAUUUUUUUAAAUUCCUGAUUUUGUGGGGUUUAUGAGCUGGAAACCCAAAUUAUGUAGAAAUAAAUACAUACUUGAAAUUGUGGGCCCUGAAUCUAUGAAAGUUUAACUUAUUGAAUGGAAUUAUGGAAAUAAACUUUUCCAUAAUAUUCAGAUUUCUGUUUGGAAAGGGUCUAUAUGCCAUAAGACUUAUAUGGGUAACUGAAACCAGUUUCUCCUCCCUAACUUAGCUUUAGGCCAAGUCAAAGCUCUGCUAUAAUAAUGACAUGUCACUGCAUAACUCUGACCUCCCUGUAUGAAAAACGUUUAACAAAAGGUGUUUUGUUACAUGCGUCUUUUUUCAAGAGCAAAUGGCCUUUUUUGUUUUUAAAUAAAUGAGUCUUUUCCAGAACAAGUCGUAAAAUGUCAAACCAAAAACUUUUUAUUUUCUUCAAAAUGUACUUGUUAAAAUGACUCUUCGUCAAACUGAGUCAAGUAGCACAAAAUUACGAAUAUCUUGAAAGAAUACAACUUGUGACUUUUUAUACAGACAAAGAAAAUGCCUUUGUUCUUGUAAAAUUCAAUUUGUUUUUUUUUAAGUAUGAAUUCGUUAUCGUAACAACUUUUUUUCCACUCAAUUCCUUUUAUUAGUAGGUGCCUUUCAGGGCACUCAAGGCCACCGUAAAAUAGGAGACUUCUUAAUUCUUAUGUCAUUUAGGGGUACACGUCACUAGCCUAAUGUCAUGUUAUUUUUAACUUGCUGUCACAAUAUCAAAUAAUACCAAUGUGGUUGUCAAAAAACAAGGUAAUCUGCACAGGUUGAAUUAUUAUUCUUUUUUUCCCCCCUUUUAACCGUUCAAAUAUGGCUGAAGCAACUAUGCUUUUAGGCCAACCACAUGUUGUGGUAGUUAUGUUAGGAUUAUAAAGGGCUCCUUGGAAAAUGAUAUCCCCAAUAUGGGUUCACUAGACCAAGACGGUUUGAGAACGCCUGCUUUAUACUGACGCACAACAAUGUAGUUUUGAUGAGGAUUGUGUGUUUUUAUAUAUGUUCUCCUGCUUGGUGCCUUACAGUUAGCACACUUCCUUGUCAUAUAUCACUAACUGUAAACAGAAGGAUACGAGUGGAUGCCGUGCGAAUAACAAAGUUGAAUAUGUUACAUGUAUCCUCAUCUGGUUUAUUUAAUGGAUUUUAGUGGGUUGUAUGAAACUCAUCGAUAGCACAACGAUGUAGCUUCUUUCUUGCCCUGUGUUUUGUGAACAAAAUAAAAACA